GUGCGGCUGCAUGCGUGUGGGCGUAUGCUGCAAGGCGAUAUCUUGUCUUGGGUGACAUCUGGACAUCUGCUGCUUGCUGCCACCUGCCAUGGGUGUUCAAGGGCAGCAUCCUGAGCAACCGUCCUUCUCCAUGGGGUUAUGGAGAGGCGCGUGGAUAGCAAAGAGACCUUCCGAAGUCGUCGAGAAUUUUUCAUGUCACAGCACAGCGAGCACGGCAUGCGUGGGGGCAACUACCACAGUACAGAAGCCACCAAUGAGUCAGGCCCCACCAUUUCCGAGUCCUCUCUCCUGAAUGGAACAGUCAUCAUGCUGUCGUUAGAGCGAGGUGGUCUGUCAAAGGAAUCGGUAUUUAACCGCCUUUGGUCCUCCUAGUUGCACUCCGGCUCUCGCAAGUGUCUGUUUAAACAAAUAGCGUCAGGUGAAUCUCUGUGUUUCGCUGCCAAUAUCUUAGCAUCUUUCCCCUUGGCCUUGUGGUCCGAGAAAUCCUUUGCUACUACUGCAAAUAGUCACUCCCGAGGUCUACUACAGUACUACGCCGCCCGCCGUCGACGUUUCACCCCACCAAAGCCUUGCAAGCCUGUCAUACCAUUCGCUUCCCGAAAACUCACACCCUACAAAAAAGCAAACCAACCACACUCACACUCGCACUCGCACAACCAUGGCUCCUCAGGCUCAAAACAUUGCCGUCCGCGGGUCGGCACCCUCGCACCCUGAGCUCAGCGUUUCCCCCUCUGCCACCUUCCACAGCCCCUCCAGCUUCCCACAGAGCUUUGGCGCAUUAAACUCACACCAGCCCGGCGCAAGGGACCUGAAGCCCUUUGAGACAACAGACAUCAAGAUCCUGCUCCUGGAAAAUGUCAACCAGAGUGGCCAGGACAUCCUCCGCAACCAGGGCUACCAGGUCGAGGCUCUCAAGACUUCCCUCCCUGAGGAGCAACUCAUCGAGAAGAUCCGCGAUGUCCAUGUCAUUGGCAUUCGUUCAAAGACAAAGCUGACCGAGAAGGUCCUGAAAGAGGCAAAGAACCUUCUCGUCAUUGGUUGCUUCUGCAUUGGCACCAACCAGGUGGACCUCGACUACGCGGCCAAGCAUGGCAUCGCCGUCUUCAACUCGCCCUUUGCCAACUCGCGCAGUGUCGCCGAGCUCAUCAUCGGCGAGAUCAUCGUGCUGGCCCGCCAGCUGGGCGACCGCUCCAACGAGCUGCACCACGGCACCUGGAACAAGGUCAGCUCCAAGUGCUGGGAGAUCCGCGGCAAGACGCUGGGCAUCAUCGGCUACGGCCACAUCGGCGCCCAGCUGUCGGUGCUGGCCGAGUCCAUGGGCAUGAACGUCAUCUACUACGACAUCGUCACCAUCAUGGGCCUGGGCACCGCCCGCCAGACGCCCACCCUCGACGCCCUGCUCGAGGAGGCCGACUUUGUCACCCUGCACGUCCCCGCCACCCCGGAGACCAAGAACAUGAUCUCCACCGCCCAGCUGGCCAAGAUGAAGGACGGCGCGUACCUCCUCAACGCGUCGCGCGGCACCGUCGUCGACAUCCCGGCCCUCAUCAACGCCAUGCGCGCCGGCAAGAUCGCCGGCGCCGCCCUCGACGUCUACCCCAACGAGCCCGCCGCCAACGGCGACUACUUCACCAGCGAGCUCAACGCGUGGGGCGAGGACCUGCGCAGCCUCAAGAACCUCAUCCUCACCCCGCACAUCGGCGGCAGCACCGAGGAGGCCCAGCGCGCCAUCGGCAUCGAGGUCGCCGACGCCCUGGUCAAGUACAUCAACCAGGGCCUGACCGUCGGCUCCGUCAACCUGCCCGAGGUGACGGUGCGCUCGCUGACCCUCGACGAGAGCGACCACGCCCGCGUCAGCUUCAUCCACAGGAACGUCCCCGGCGCCCUCAAGCAGUGCUACGACAUCCUGAUGCCCCACAACAUCGACAAGGCCACCAGCGACAGCAAGGGCGACAUCGCCUACAUGAUUGCGGACAUUAGCGGCGUCCAGAUCAGCGACCUGAGGAACAUCUCGGACGAGCUGAACUCGCUCAGCUCGAGGAUCAUGACGCGCAUCCUGUUCUAGGGGCGUGCGUGGUUCUUCCUGUUGUCGGGUGAUUGUGUGAUCGUGGUUUUCUGGUUUUCAUUAGGUGGCAAAAAAACAAAAGUUCAACAUUGAGUGUGGCGUUUACUGGGUUCAAUUAGAUGACAGGCGAGAAGGGCUAUAGAUCAUCUGGGCGUUCAACAGCACCCUGGCAUCGUACUGAUGUGUGGCCUAGGAGCUUCCAAGGAAUAAAAAAAAUGGUCCCAACUUAUAAAUCAUCCCGGGGCUCCCGACUGCUCUGAGCAUGGGAGCUUUGACGUGUGCCCACGACAGGCUCUUACCAGGGUUCCCACACAAUAUUAGCUGACGACACUAUAACUGUUGUUUGCUGUCCCAGAGACUUCUGAUGGCAUAAUAAUUCCUGCUCAAUGUGUGGUAGGCA